CAUCUAAGAAACACAGAUUCAACUACCAACCACCCAAUCACUCUCUUUCUCCCUCCUUCUCUUUUCUCAGUUGUAGCGGAUAAGCCCAAUGGCCUCCUCCUCCUCCACCUCAAUUCUCUCACCCACUACCACCACCACCACCACCUCCAUAGUCCGCCACCACUCCUCCAAGCUCCCCUUCCCUUACUCCACCAAACCCAUUUCCACUACUUUCUCUAACAACAGACCACUCACCAGACUCCACGUGUCCACCCCGACCAACAAGCCCGCCAAUAACACCGCCAACAAGAAACCCGCCUCGGAGACCGUCUUCUUCGACGGCGGGGCCCACUACGGCGACCUCGCGGCCAACCUCGUCCUGGGCUUCACUCUCCUCUGGCUGCCCCUAACGUUAGCCGCCGUGUUCCGGGCGUUUUUCCUGAGGUACAGGUUCACCAACCUGCGGGUGACGGUGAUAUCGGGACUGACGGGCCAGGACAGGAGUGACUUCUCGUACAAGGUCAUCAAGGACGUUCAGGUGGUGCCACGUUUCAUCGGCGAGUGGGGUGAUAUUAUCAUCACCCUCAGAGAUGGCACCAAGGUCGAUCUUAGAAGUGUGCCCAAGUUCAGAGAGAUUGCCAAGUAUUGCUUAUCCAUGGCUGAUAAGCCUGCCGUGGUUAAAGAAACAGGAACUAAGGGCUUUUGAUACGAUUAUAGCCUUAAUUUCAUGCAAAACCUUACUUUUGUAUAAGAAUUCUGAGGUCUGUUAUUAUUAUUUUUUUUGUAGAUAAUUAACUACUCUGUUGUCAUCUCUGCUAUUCGAUCAUGAAGAAGUAUUGGCAUCUCUGCUAUAAUGCUAUUCAAUCUCAAAAUUGAUUGGUGAAAUGCCAUUUGGUUAUGUAGUUUUUAAUGGGUCUAACUGCAACAGUUCAGUGAGGCC